GGUGGAGGUAAUGCGCCGAAGGGACGUCAGCAGCACUGCUGCACUAACUGGAAGUGACGUAGUUGCGAUGUUUUCGUCCAGUUAAAGAGAAAACAUUAGCCCAGAUUCUAAAGCGGAGACAUUUGGGAUUUCUCUUUGCAUUCUCAUUUCUCCCACAGAGUUUGACUCAUUGUCGCAGUGAGAUCUUGAUGGGUGCUCACGGGGUUUUGGGGAACGAGCCCGAGUCUAUCGACUACUCGGUGCACGAAGCCUGGAACGAGGCCACCAAUGUCUACCUGCUGGUGAUCCUGGUCAGCUUUGGCCUGCUCAUGUACGCCAGAAAAAACAAGAGGAAGAUCAUGCGCAUAUUCUCUCUGCCGCCCACUGCUGGGAUCAGCCCGGAGCCCAACUUCUACGACAGCCUGCAGAAGGUCCGCCUGAGGCAGCAGCUGGAAAUGUACUCUCUGGCACGGAAAUUUGAUCAACAAGGACAGACGGAGAGUGUUCAGCUCUCCAUGGAAUGAGAGCGAGUAGAGGACCUCAUCCCUGAGAGUCCCCGAGCCCCCUCAGGCCCUCUGUUCAUAAAGAGGGUAGGACAGCUAUUGUGAUCACUCUCAUCCUGCACAUGUGUGUGUGCGUUUGGCUCCUCAAAUGAAAAGUCUUCAUCCACCUUCUGUUUGGUUUUUGUCCUUUAUGCAUGUGGUAGGUACAACUGGACCAAUCCCAAUCCCCAUAAAGACCAAUGGAGCAGCAAAGAGCGUAGGGGAGUGUGGCAUCUUUCAGGUCGGCUGUGCGGCCGCUAGCUGUGACUGUGUCUCAGACAGAGGAAUAGAAGUCUGUCACUAAUGUCACUGAGGUGCUCUCAGUGUUAUGUAAGAUUAAGAAACUGAAGAACGACUUGCACAUAGAACGAGAUCCUUCAAAUUCAACACAGGACUUUGUUGUAACCCUUUUUCUUUUUACGUGUUAUUUUUAUGUGACCUUUGGUGGGGGGGGGGGGGGGGGUAAGUUCUCUGAUGUGAGUGUAAAAGCCUUGAGUAACUGGUGUGAUUACUAGACCUGAGUAAAGCUUUAUGAUCUUUGUCUGGACUUUUAUUUUAAUCUUGUGCAUCAUGGAGAAAGGUCAGAAACAUUUGAUGGUUCAGUUCAACAAAAAGAAACAAUAAUUUAUCUUCUCCUCAUGUUGCAUUGAGCUUUGUAGUUUCACAUUUGUAGCUUUCAGCGGAUUGUCUUGAGUAUUGAAUGGAUGGCUGUCAAUUUUGAUAUACACAUUAAAAGGUUUUCAAUGAUCAAAAAA